GUUGCCGAGUGAGUAUUUUUGUCCUUGAGCUCCCAUUGGACACAUUCGAUGUCAAUUUGAUGAAGAAUGUUUUCAAGAAUGGAGCCGCAACGUAACAUCUGCAAACUGUGAAGGUGCCGUGUUGAUUUAGACAUAACAGUUUACAUUGAUAAGGAAUCGUGAAGAACUGGUCGUAAAAAUGUAUGGUUUUGUCAAUCACGCCUUGGAACUACUUGUAUUACGAAAUUAUGGCGAAGACGUGUGGGAAGACAUCAAAAGGGAGGCACAACUCGAUGUAGAGGGUCAGUUCCUUGUCAGAAUCAUAUAUGAAGAUGCCAAAACAUAUGACCUUGUUGCUGCUGCAAGCAAAGUUCUCAAGAUUGAUGCAGGGUGUAUCCUACAGAUGUUUGGGAAGAUGUUUUUUGAGUUUUGCCAAGAAUCAGGGUAUGACACCAUCCUGCGUGUUUUAGGCUCCAAUGUCCGUGAAUUCUUGCAGAAUCUGGAUGCCCUCCACGACCACCUAGGUACCAUCUACCCUGGGAUGAGGGCUCCGUCCUUCCGCUGCACAGACGCGGAGAAGGGCAACAAUCUGAUCCUGCACUACUACUCGGAGAGGGAGGGGCUCCAGGACAUUGUGAUCGGCAUCAUCAAGACGGUGGCCCAACAGAUCCACGGCACAGAAAUAGAAAUGAAGGUGAUCCAGCACAAGAGUGAGGAGUGUGACCACAUCAAGUUCCUGAUCGAGGAGAAGGACUCGGAGGAGGAGGCCUUCUAUGAGGAUCUGGACGGCUUCGAGGAGAACGGCACGCAGGAGACCCGGAUCAGCCCCUACACCUUCUGCAAGGCCUUUCCCUUUCACCUCAUGUUCGACAGGGACCUGAUGCUUACUCAGUGCGGCAACGCUAUCUUCCGUGUGCUGCCGCAGCUCCAGCCAGGCAUCUGUAACCUGCCCUCCGUGUUCUCUCUGGUGCGUCCACACAUAGACUUCAGCUUCCAAGGCAUGCUCUCCCACAUCAACACUGUCUUCGUUCUGCGAAGCAAGGAGGGCCUCUUGAACGUGGAGACUUCGGAGAACGAGGAUGAGCUGACUGGUGCUGAGAUCAGCUGCCUGAGGCUGAAGGGACAGAUGAUCUACCUGCCCGAGGCGGAGAACAUCCUCUUCCUCUGUUCUCCCAGUGUGAUGAAUCUGGAUGACCUGACGCGGAGAGGCCUUUACCUGAGUGACAUCCCGCUGCACGAUGCCACACGUGACCUGGUGCUGCUGGGAGAACAGUUCCGUGAGGAGUACAAGCUGACUCAGGAACUGGAGAUCCUGACUGACCGUCUACAGCACACCCUUCGGGCCCUGGAGGAUGAGAAGAAGAAGACGGACAGAUUGCUCUACUCAGUCCUGCCACCGUCAGUGGCCAAUGAGUUGCGCCACAAGCGUCCAGUCCCGGCCAAACGCUACGACAAUGUGACCAUCCUCUUCAGCGGCAUUGUGGGAUUCAAUGCCUUCUGCAGCAAACACGCGUCAGCCGAGGGUGCCAUCAAGAUAGUCAACCUGCUCAACGACGUCUACACCCGAUUUGACAUCCUGACCGACUCGAGAAAGAACCCCUACGUGUACAAGGUGGAGACAGUGGGUGAUAAGUACAUGACGGUCAGUGGGCUGCCAGAACCAUGUACCCACCACGCUCAGUCUAUCUGCCACCUGGCCCUGGACAUGAUGGAAAUUGCUGGACAGGUCAAAGUGGAUGAAGAACCAGUACAGAUAACCAUUGGGAUCCACACAGGAGAGGUGGUAACUGGGGUCAUAGGUCAAAGGAUGCCCCGCUACUGCCUGUUUGGAAAUACUGUCAACCUCACCAGUCGUACAGAAACCACAGGAGAGAAGGGAAAAAUCAACAUUUCAGAAUAUACUUACAGGUGUUUGCAGUCAGCAGAGAAUGCUGACCCCCAGUUUUGUUUGGAGUACCGAGGACCCAUCACCAUGAAAGGCAAGAAGGAGCCCAUGAAUGUGUACUUUCUGUCACGCAAAAGUACUGAAAGCAUAGUUUGAUCAUAAAAGCAUUCCCCUUUCCCCAGUGGGCAAAAUGCAUAAAGGUGUAAUUUUGGGGUUCUACUUUGGUUUUAUGGGUUGAAGAGAUGUCAGAUAACCAAAUUAGAACCAAGAGAAGAUGUCCUUUUCUGGUCGCUAAAAAGAGAUGUUAAAAAAUGUUUUACAAUCAGCAUAAAACCGGACCAUGACGUACACCUGAACAGUUUUGCUCACUGGGUCACUUGUCAGUUUCAAGAAACUAACAAGUUUGGAAGCUGGAAGUAAACACUACUCUUUUUGAAAAAAUAAAAUAAAAUAUGGGUGAGGUAGGCAAACAUUUACUUUCUUUUUCGGACCUCAGACCUGACUAAUUCUCACUUGAAACAUAGUUUUUGUGUUUAAUAGGCUAAAUUACAUACUCUGUUAACACAUGACCCCAAUGUGAUCUGUUCUUGCAAUUUGUAGUCUAUGACAUUUCAGACUUGCGUAUCGUAAUUUUCACGAUUUGGAUGUAGAAAACUACUUUUUCAAAGUGACUUGGGCUCCCGAGUGGCGCAACGGUCUAAGGCACUGCAUCUCAGUGCUAGAGGCUUCAUUACAGACCUUGGUUUGAUUCCAGGCUGUAUCACAACUGGCCGUGAUUGGGAGUCCCAUAGGCGGCGCACAAUUGGCCCAGGUUCGGGUUUGGCUGGGGUAGGCCAUCAUUGUAAAUAAGAAUUUGUUCUUAUCUGACUUGCCUCGUUAAAAAUAAAAGUUAAGUACUAGAUUUUUCUCAAGGGUAGAUUUGGUGUAGUUUAACUUCUUCCAGUGUGAAGUAAUUGGUAGCUUAGUAAACUACUGUCUAUUUUCAGAGUAGCUUCACUAACACUGUCAAUAUGUUGUUCUGUAAGUGUAACAUUUAUUUUGAACUACACUCACCCAAAAAAUAUUGUUAAUGUGCAAGUGCGUCACAACGUGGAUACUAUUGUGCAGGAGAAGACUAUUGUUUUUACACAAAUUAAUUCACUGUUUGUUUCAUUUUUGAUUUUUGUUGAAUAAAAAGAGGCUACCAGAGCUGUGGUAUGGUUUA